AUGAAAAGAUUCCCCAAAAGAGAUUUCCAUGGGAACUCUAUUUCUAUCAUUGAGAGAGGUAUCUGGAAGUCAUACCCUUGGGCUGAGACUCUAAAUCUCAAGGAUAAUGCUUUGCACAAACUACACAAGGAUUCCUUUGAAGGCCUGCUGUCCCUCCAGCAUUUGGAUUUAUCCUGCAAUAAAAUCCAUGUCAUUGAGAGGUGUGCAUUUGAACCACUACCUUUUUUGCAGUUUUUAAACCUUGGUUGCAACUUACUAAAAAAACUCAGUUAUGGAACAUUUCAAGCCUGGCAUGGAAUGCAGCUUUUACAGAAGUUAAUUCUCAGCCAUAAUCCUUUAUCAGCCAUUGAAGAUACUUCUUUUUUCCAAUUGCCGUCAUUGAAAUAUUUGGAUAUAAGUAGAACAGAUGUACCACUUAUGGCCAUUGAAAAUAUCCUGGUCAUGGCCCUCAGGUUACAAACACUAGUCUUACCCAGCAAUACUGCCUGCUGCCUGUGUCAGUUUAAAAAGAACAUCGAAAGUCUCUUCAAGACAACAAAGCUACAGUGUGAAAGCAAGUGCUUCACUAACUCCUCUCUUUGUGUGAAGUAUUUGUUGCCAAAACUCCUGAAGGGGCAAGUAAAAAGUGUGGAACUGAAAUUAUUCCCAUUUAUUAAACUGCUUCACGCCCAUUCCCGAAAUGGAGAAGAAACUUCUGGUCCUUCGACGAAUCCUUCAUCGUGGUCCUCAUUUGGCCCAAUACGGAUCAAUUUGACUGAUGAAAUUCAACUGAGGAAACUUUACUUUGUGACAAAUUUGCUGGAAGCCUAUCUUCGAGAAAAAAUGUAUCCUAUUCAAAACAAGCGUGAAAAAAUGGUCCAAGCCAAACAUCCUACACUUCGAAAGAAAUGGAAUACUUUCGGUCUGGAAAGGGGCGGGAAGUGUGGCAUGGCUCCAGGGAAAUGCAGCCAGGCCCCAGCCAGCAGCAGCGGGGAGGCAGCGGCCCCCACCCGGGGCCUGGCCCUGGCCUCGGCCCCGAGGGCAGAUGCGUGCACCGGGCGGUUUUGCCCAAGAAAGAAGUCGGUGACAGUGGGGAAGGUCAGCAGCAGGGAGAGGAGCAUGGGGGGAAAGCAUUCGGAAAGGACUGACCCGCAGAGCUUUCAGGGGAAAUGGGAAAGUGUCGAAUCUUCUCUGGAAAAAUUUGCUAAAGGAAGGACGAGAGCUUCGGCGCUCGCCAUGAGGAGGCUGAGCUCCAGGCUAAAAAAACCAGGCUGGCACCGUGUAGACAUUCCUUCAACUGCCAAGCCUUUGGCUGUCUCAUUAGAGGACAGGCGCAAGUCCGGUGGUUUAACGUAUCCAAUUUCUGCUUCUAAGAGUGUAAAUAAAAGGCUUAAAUAUAAGGGACAAAAAGAAAACCAUGGAAUUGGCAGAGCGUUUCACAAAGACCAUAUUCCAGUCUUCCGUUCUAAUAAAAAGCAUUUUCUCCAUAAAGCGAAAUCCCGUAUAACCAAUAAAUUUCCUGAGGCUAAGCACAGCCAGGGGUUAAAAAAUAAACUUGCACAAAAUAGAUGGCUAUUUGAAAAUCCUGUUUUCACAGGGACGAGAAGCCUUAUAAAUAAUCCUUCUAAAAAGGAUAUUUCAUUAUCUCCAAAAAGACGUAUGCCAGCCAAGGCUUCCAAAGGGACCACCCCAGCAAAGGCUUCUGAAGUGCCCCCUACAAGAAACACGACUUCGGAAAAUACUCCUGCCUCUUCCAAAAAGAAGGAAGAAUUCACUUUAUUGGGCGAUUCUUUGCCAGCUGUUCAACUAACCAACGAAACACGCUGGGAACAUCAAGGGAAUCCUGAAUCUCUGCCGGAGCCGAAUAGCAACUCCUCUUUUAAUUUUUCGGCUUCAACUGACUCGUUUGAAAUUGAACUGAACCAGCGCUUACAACCCCUCAUCCCCAACGACGAAAUGAGGAGCCUAAUUUCCCAUGUUGUCCGAACUUUACAAAAGGAUUGCAGGGAGCCCAGGGUGCAACUGGCCUGUGCCAAGCUUAUUUCAAAAACAGGUCACCUGAUGAAACUGCUCAGUGAUGGACAAAAGAUGAACCAGUCACCUGCACAUCAGAAUCCUGACCCGGGGAAACAGGAGAACUAUCUCAAUGACAGCACCUCCCUGCAAAUGGCCCUAGGCCAGCUACAAACAGAUGAGCUGAAAAAAGACAUUCCAGAAUUUGGCUAUAACAACAAACUUCUCUUGGCCAUAUCGGUGACAGUAGUGGUAAUGAUCAUUAUUGCUGUGGUUUGUCUCAUUGAGAUUUGUUCCCAUAGACCAACAACUUCCAAAGGGGAUAUAAAAUAUUCAUACAGCUUACGGAGUUUUCUAACAUCUCUGCACAAGAAGUCCUCCAGAAGAAGUCCCGAAGAGGAGGGGAAUUUUUACCGAAAAGGAAAACCCCUGUGGCUUAGGGAUAUGUAUCGGCCACUAGAUGCCACCCGCAAAAAGAACAUGGCUCAGAAGCUACAUGACCAGGACUCCUCCGAUGAGGAUGAGAUUUUCAACAAAGAGAGAAGGAACGAAGCAAUAGAAAAAAGAGAAGAGAAAAGAAAAAAUGAAGAAGAUUAAAAUAAAGCCUCAGACAGAG